UUUAGGUUUUGUUUCACCAAGUUUACGAUGGGUAGACCAGGUAAUUCUCGAGCUUCUUUUACCUCGACGCUAUGAUUUGAAUACCUUGUUCCCUUGCUGAUUAUAAAAACGCAUUUUCAGGUUUCUCUCCGCGAGGUGGUGGACGAGGUGGCGGCGGCAGAGGCGGUGGAGGACGAGGUUUGUAGCAGCUUACCAUGUUGUUUACAACGUGACCUGAAGAAGUGAUGGCGAAAUGAUCUUGGCUCUCUUGUUUCUUGUGCUCCAAAGCGUGCAUUUUAACGAAUAAGUAUUGCAAUGACAUGCGGGGAUCACGUUUCAACGAUCUAAACUUGCAGUGAAUUUUGGAUCUCCAUAAACAAAAAACUUGUUCUCAAUGCAACUCCAGAUUCUGGAAGGCUGAAGAUCGAGGAAACAUGAGCUUACUAUUCCUUUGAUUACACGCACGAUUUCCUGAUAGAUAUGAAAUAUCUGGGAUAGAGUAUGGUGAAAUUCGUAAACAACAAGAAAGAUUUUAUCAAGGCUAAGUCAAACAUCCACAGCAUGUGUCUCAGCAUUCUCACUACAUAAAAUUUUGUUGAAGGUUGUGGAGCACCCCUGCUAGCAGAGUCUUUCUUUACUCAAGAAAGACUCUGCAUGAAUUGAGUAAGAUCUUGGUUGAGCUUUCACUGCAUGUUGCUAGGAUGCAGUUCGAACCCAGGUCUAAUAGCCGUGAACUUGGUACAGCGAGCUCAGUUAUGAUCAUUAGUUUAUGAAUGAAAGGAUGCUCGUGCUCAAAAAAAAACAGUUUGACACGAGAAAACAAGCUUGACUAGUCCAGAAGUUCGGGCUGCGGUAACUUCAAAGGCUUGAUGCGAUUCAGGCAGAGCCUCCUUUUCACCUCCUCACUUAAUCCGUUAAGUCCCAAUGUCCACAUACAAAUUCUCAAAACAUCUCCAUUAUUUAAUUUAAUUUGGCCUUGUACAUCGCUAACCAUUCACUUUACACCCAAGUCUUUUUCGUGCCAGUUACUUAGCACCUUAUUUUCGAGUCAUCUAAAUAUGUAAUAUAUCGUGUUUUUUAAGCGAUGUUAAAGGUUACUUAGCUAGGUGGCCAAGUUACCAGGGUGAAAUGACUUGGGGGUGAUGCAGUCCGUGGCAUCACUAGGUCCUCGCUUUUUUGGUUUAGAAGUUCCCUUACUGAUAGUAUACAGGUGGAUAGCCCUUGACAGCGCACACCCAGUGGGAUCGUCAUAACCUUGUCAGCAGAGCAUGACAGAACUUCAUAACGUCUUGCACAUGAAUGGUUUUUUUCCUGAUGGUUUGCAAAUCGUGCAGUUACUCAGUGUCAUCCUAUUUUGUAUGCCUAUUGAGACUUUUAAAAAGUGUUAAGACCUAGUUAUACAUCAACUGAGGAUUGAACCCGCGACCACUUGCUUAGUGCACCAACCAAACUAACCCUGCCUGCUCUAAAAAUAAUUGAUAAAAUAAUAUUAUUUAUUUUUCCCUUUGGUAAGUACACUUCAGGUAAACUUCAUGCUGUGUGUUUAAAUACGAGCACAUCAUUAAUUUUAACUUUUGGUGUUCAGUCUUUGGACUAAAAAACUAAUGAUUUGUUAUGUACACUGUCAACAGGUGGCUUCCGUGGAGGUGGUGGAGGUAGAGGUGGUGGAUUUGGCAGAGGUGGUGGUGGAGGUAGAGGCGGCGGAUUUGGCAGAGGUGGAAGAGGCGGUGGACGAGGAGGAGGUCGAGGUAGGUUUCUCCAUUAUUACCAUUUUUUAAGCCAGAGGCAGACUAAGUACUUUGUUUAAAUAACUUAUGUUCCAGGGGCGGAUCCAGAAAAUUCAGAAAGGGAUGGCUGGGACACUUGCCCACUUGCCAGCUCUAUAGAUACUUCUUAUAAUUUUUCUUAGAAUUCUAUAAAGAUAAUACAAAAUUUCAAACAAAACGGGGUGGCCAUGGCCCCCUCGGCCCACCCCUAAAUCCGCCCUCGUGUUCAUCUUACAAAAGCCCUUUAGUAUUGAUCACAACUUACAUGGUGUAGGCUAUGCUCACUCUACACUGGAUAGUUUUUAAUGCUGACACAGAAAGUUAUCCGGUAUAUAGUAUGAACAGCAAUGGCAGAGAACUGGAACAAGUGGUUCACACCCUUCGAAGAUCAGGCUGAAGUGAUUGGCCCAAAGGGUUUGAUUCUCUAAAUCUUAAUCCUCACUCUUGAAUAUUUUAUUCUGUCUCAGCGGGUGCCAGUUCUCUUCCUACUUAUUUACUUCCACCACAGUCUGAAUACUUGUUCAGGCUACACGAGAGUGUGGCAACAGAACUUACAUUUAUCUGAUAUAUGACACUCCACUUUCAAGGUCAACCCAGUGCAGCUUCGCUCUGUUUCAGAAUUUGUGCUGAAAUCACUCUUCUUAUGGGUGAUUAGAAGCCCUAUCCGGUCUGAUUUUCAUGCCAGCGCAAAAGCCACCUGUUAUAGUGUCAACAUAGCGUUACUUCUAUUUUGAACCCUUACUGUUGCAUAGCAUUAUUACUGUCAGUAUAUGUAGUAGUAGCAAGAGAUGUUGAUGGUCUCAGCACAGUCAGUCAGUUAAUCAGGACCUUAUGAAACUAUGAUGGCAAUAGCAUUAAGAAGAACAAAAAAGCAAUAGGUUUAGCAAUGAAAACAACAACUCUGCACGCGCAUUACGCUUUUUUUGUAAAUUUCUUUGCUGCCCCAGCACAACUACAAUGUGAAAUGACCAAAUUUGAGAGCGGGAAUGGCAAGGCAAUAAAUUUUACUCUCUCUGUCUGAACUCUGACACAGUCUCCUCUCUUCAGCUCCUACCAAAUUAACCUUCCUUUAAGUAACUGGGUGACUCAGAAUGAUCGCAAAAAAAGUUUGAAAGGAUAUGAAAUCUUUUUUUAGUAACAAUGGCAGCGGUGCCACUGUUGUUGGAUUGUUAGAUUCCUAAUGUCAUUGCUUGAUGUCAGAGCCAUCAGUAAUCAGUCAAAACUUGGUGAUCAACAUUACAGUCACGCCAUGGUCAAGCAUAACCCCCAAGAUUCCAUUAAUGAAAAUUAUUUGAAAAAUGAAUUCGUUAGUCGUUGCAACAACCAAUUCAAAUUUGCAUUCCAGCAUGUGUAAUGAGAAGUGAAUUUUUCACAAUGACUUCUCUGUAUUCAUUCAUAUUGAAAAAUCUUUGAAAACGUUUACAUCAAAUUCAAGAAAACCCGAGCUGGUAGAAAUUUCAUAACUGCCUUGCGUGUGAAUUCACUGCUCUUUAUGCAUGCAGGAAUGCAUCGGAAUUCUACAUGUACAACUACCAACAGAUUCAGGCUCCGUCCAAACAUAUGUCUUGUUUGAAAACCGAGAUUUUUUCUCCGGUUUUGCCUACUGUCCAAACACAUUUGGUCACUGAAAAUGCACCUUUUCAAAAACGCUCUCCAGAGUGAAGAUUUUUGAGAACGCGAGCUUUUUGUGUACGUGUUGACGGACGAAAACAGAGGUUUUCUAAUGCAAUGAUGUCAUACAUUUGUACAUCAUUUACUACUAGCAAAACCCAUGCUAGAUGUGAGGGAUGGUAUCGUAUUCCCAUGUUUAGUGUUCAUAUAGAUGUGCAAAAAUGAUUUGAAUGUGCUUCAUGUGCACAGGUAUUUUUUUAAAAACUGAGUGAAAAAACUCUUUUAAAAAAUGUUCCAAUAGGUGUGGCAGGGCUUCAACUUUCAAAUAAUAAAUUCAUUAAUGGAAUCUUGGUGGGGGGGGUACACUUGACCUGCAUUGGAUGUAAAAGGGAUUGUCACGGAACGAAGAAAACAUUACACUGUACUAUAGCCUGUACAUGUUCUACAUGUGCCUGUCUCAUUUCAAACCUUAUGAUGGAGAAUGAGAUCUUUCAUUUUAUUGAAGCUGACUUGUCUGCAAACAAACUUCUUAGCCUGAGUUAAUCCAUUCACAGUUCAACUGCCUGUAAACAGCCUGGAAAACUAUUAUUUUUGUACCAAAACUUGCAGUGUUGACCUUACAUGUACAAUUUCAGGUGUCACACACAAAAGAUAGCCUUAAUAUUUAACUUUUACUGGGGAAUAUGACUGUUAAACUGUACUCAAAUGAUCAGACAGAUGAGGUCAGAGAAAACAAAUGAGAUUCUUGUCACAUUAUGCACUUGUGCUUGCUUUUAAUGAUGUUAAGGUCUUUGUCAUUUUGCAAAAACUUUUCCUUCAGAUAUCAAGCCAAGUACAUUGUAAAUGCUUAGCCAAAGUGGCGCGAUUUUCAACUGUCUGCUUGAGUCGCAAGCAGCUGACAGAUAGCUAGCGUGAGAAAAUGGCCAGAAUUUCGCACGCCACCAAUGGUUUCCCUGUGAAAUGAUGUCUGAGAAAUGAGUGUACAAAUUCCACACUUAUGAUACAUCACUACCCAGGUCUUGGUAGUGCUUUUGAUUGGAUGAAGCAAAUUUCCAACCAAUCAGAAGCACUAUCCAGAUCUGAGUAGUGAUGCAUCAUCAGUAAGGAAUUUAUGUCCUCAGAUGUCAUUUCACUAGGAAACCACCAGUGGCGUUGCAAAACAGGGGCUUUUUUCUCAAGCUAACAGAUCCCCCGUAAGCGGCUCAUCAAUUUGGAAAUUUCUUUGGGGAGUUUGCAACUUGAGGAGACUGCUGAAAGUCAGGCAACAAUUAACCCUUCAACCGGCAAAUUUUGGGGAAAUUUUUUUCACUACCACUGCCUUGUGAAAAUAUGUUCACAACUUCUAUGCAAUAAAUUCUAGGGUCAUUAACUGUACAUCAAAAUGUUCAUCAUGGAAUACUCUUCUAAAUACGGCAAUAAAAUUUGAAUCAGGUUUUAUUGUUAAUAUUUUACCAAAUAGUUUGCAACUAGUUUCCAACUCUCAGAGGGCACUCGACUUCGAAAGUUGCUCCAUACUAUGGAGGCAAUCGCCAUCAGUAGUCAGACAAAUUUGUUUUCCUUUGCCCUGACAUUUAUCUUCAGAAUUGCAAGUUUUGAUCCAUUUCGAUAGUCAGGUGAAGAGAAUCAUGCUCAGUGCAAUUCCUUGCUCCACAGAUGACAAAAACUGGAAUUUUACAGUUAAAAAGUCCAGUAGAUUUGAUGCAAGCUACUGCUAAAAUCCACUCGAAAGGAAAGUUACAACUAAUUCAUGUGAAAAGCAUUGAAACUAGGCUUUUGUACAUUAUGCUAGCAUUUUUUCGAGCAUUUUAGUGAGGCAAAAGCAUUGAGCAUUAUUCGAGCAUUUUAGUGGCAUUUUCCCCGGAAAAUUAAUUUUUCCGAGAAAAUAAAAUAGAAAUUAACUUUUUUCAGGAGCCCGUGCCCCAUGAGCUCCUGCUUUUUUAAACAAAGUGAAGACUAAAAUUCAAAAUUCACAAAAAACCUAAUACAGCUGGUUUUUUUGGCUGUAUUAUGAACUUGUACACGUUGUCGUUGUUACUUGCAACACUUGCACGUUUUUGUAAGUGUAAACUUUGAAAUUAAAUAAAAAAACCGUUUGUAUAAUGAGCAUUAUCCGAGCAUUUUAGUGACUUUUUUGGGGAGACCGAGCAGUUUAGUGGGAAAAAUGAAGCAUUAAGGUGGAGCAUUUUAGUAGGGAAGCAAAAGCAUAAUGUACAAAAGCCUAAUUGAAACAGUCCAAGGGCCAAAUCACUGAAAUGUAGAGAGUGUUUACCCCAAGAGGGUCCUUUUGUACAUAGAUGUACGAUUGGUUAUGGGGAAAAAGGAUGGGGAAGGGAGAUAAAAAAUGGAAAGGAGAAUAGUUGAUGGGUAGUACAUGUUGUAUUCUGCACGUGCUUGAACCAAGAAAGCCUUGCAGCUUAGGAGCAAUAUCUACCAUGCAUAGUGUUUUUCAAUUAAAAUUUGAAAUUGCAUAUUUUUACUUCAAAAGCAUGCAUUUUUACUCGUAUUGUCAAUGCAUUUUGUUUAUCAUAAGUACAUAUUGUAGGUACUAUGGUGCUAAGUUUUUUUGUAUUUGUAUAACUAGGCGGUGGUGGACGUGGAGGAUUUAAAGGAGGAUUCAAAGUUACAAUUGAACCACAUCGGCAUGAAGGCAAGUACCAUGAUACAUGGGUUGUUAAAAGAGAAACAGCGCAAGUUGUUUUUAGUUGUGGUGAUCUCACAAUUGCUAAUAAGCUUUCUUUUGCUGUGAUAGUAAUAACAGUUGUUCAUCAGCGUAGUUUCUUCAUGUUGCUUCUUUGUAAACAUGUAUUUUUAGACCUGCCUUGUAUUUCCUAAUAAUUUAUACAACUAAAGAAAAUUUCAUUUGAUUUAAAAUUUAUUAAUAGUUAUAUGCAAAAAUUUCAAACACAGCAAUAUGAUAUUUUUGCUUAUGAGAAUACAUUGUCAUGGCAGGGCAGGUACUAAUACACUUGUGAAAUUCAAAAAGUCACUUACACCCCUUUCUCAUGUUUGAUAUUUUCCUUUAGGAGUGUUUAUUGCGCGUGGGAAGGAAGAUGCAUUGGUCACAAAGAAUAUAGUACCUGGAGAGUCUGUGUAUGGUGAAAAAAGGAUAUCAGUUGACGUAAGAAUAAUUAUAUUAUAUUGAUAAAGUAAAAACUUCUAGGAUACAAUAUCUUUCCGACUUCACAUUUUGCACCACAUUAUAUUUUGUGCCUUUAAAUUAUUCAGUGUGCAUGUACUGUACAAAACCCUUGGCGUCUAGCAAGACGGAGAGAGAGCAGGGUGCAAAGAAAGUCAGGUUUACAGCUUGCCAUUUGGACAAGCUGUAGCCAGUUUGCACUAGCCCAGAAGUCGUUUCAAACAUUUUUUUGAUGAACAGGAUUGGUUACAGUUCUUCUGCUAUUUGAAUUCCCCAAGAAACGUCAAUUUCUAGUCGGGCAAGUUAACAACAGAAUUCACUUGCCUGACUACAAAAUCCACUAGCUCAGGGCUAUCAGGCACACUGGAGAGUUUUUGUAAGUACCACAGCAUACAUAAGGAGAUUUCCAGCACAACCUUCACCAAGUAAAACCGUUUUACCAGGGAAGUUAACAAUGGCUUUGAAACUAGACAUACACUAUUGCUUUGUAACUAUUACAGUAGAACCCUGUUAAUAUGGUCACCAAUGGGCCAAAAAGAUUUGGCCAUAUCAACGGCUGAUCGUAUUAACAAGCUAUUUUCUAACAAGAAAAUGUAUGGCCGUUUUGCCGGGCGGCAAAAAAAGUGGCCGUAAUAACGAGGUGACCGUAUUACUGAGGUGGCCAAUAAGGCGGGGAUCCAUUGUAUAUGGGUAUCAUUCAGUUUUAGGAUUGAAAAGACAUAAGUUGCUCUUUAUCUUGAUUUUGUAGGGUGCAGCGGAUGCUGAAAAAAUUGAAUACAGAGUUUGGAAUCCUUUCCGUUCAAAGCUUGCGGCUGCCAUUCUUGGUGGAAUUGACAAAAUUCACAUGCCUCCUGGUUCCAAAGUAUUGUACCUUGGAGCGGCAUCAGGAACAACAGUGUCUCAUGUCUCUGACGUUGUUGGACCUGUAAGUAUGACAUACAAUGUACAACUGUAUGAUUGCCAAAAAUUAAUUUUAACUGCAGUUUAGAAUGAUUUUCACAUGACCUUGAAAUGAAAACACGCGAACAAAACAGAAACAACAAGGGAACAGAAUUAGAACGGUUUCAUUGGUUUAUGGAACAUGCGUGGCUAUUGGUUGGUUAAGCGAACAUGCGGGUGAAACUUCAUGCCUGAGAACUUUCUACAAAUCAAUUGAUACUUUCCUUUGAUGUCAUACUGCAAUACGACUGGCCAACUGAACAAUGCCUUCUCCAUAUUAGGUUUUUCUUUGGUGGUAAAACAAAGAGUCCAUGUUUUGAUCUUUUCAUCCAUCGGCUGAUAAAACAAACCAAAACCAUUUUUCAAGGUCAUACAAGUAUGACUCUGUUUAGUUUAUGAAUGUUUGUACACUAACUUGGGGGUAGUGUGUCAAAAGGCUCUGCCUUAGCACCACCCUGUGGCCCCUGGUGCCUUACUUUCGCUCUUGGGGGAUAAGAAAAAAAAAUGAUAAUAAAUUUAUUACUGUCUUACAGUGUAUAUUGUGCAAAUUACAUGUGCAUAUGAUCAAAUGUGCAUCGCAUAUAAAAGCAUAUUACUAACAAAAAACUAUAAAAGUUAAAUGUACAUGAUCAAAAAUUUACAAAAUAUCUAUUGGAUCUGAUAAAAAGCUAGUUUAAAAAAGUCUCAAGCAACAUUUUAAAGGUAUAAAAAAUUUUCCCAUUAUGAAUAUUAAGGGCAAGCUGUUCCACAGUUUUGGUCCCGCUGCCAGGAAGGCGCAGUCACCAACUGUUGCACGAGCAAUAACUCUUGAAGCUGGUGGAAGAAGUCCUACAAGAAUUUGUAGCUUUUCCAUACUAAUCCUAUGGUGGGCACCCUACACAAUGUAGUUUUCAUAGCUAGGUUCAGAGCACUGGUCUCCCUUCAAUUUUUCUUAGAGCACAGCCUUUGUGGCCCAGAGAUCAGCGUGCUCGGUUCCCAAUCUUGAAACCCCAGGUUUGAAUCCUCCUUUGAGCACUACUAAGCUGAAGUAGCUGCUUUUCACAUAAGCCCCAAGUUUAACUUCUCUGCCACACCCAUAAACAGUCAACUGGCAACAUCCAUCCCAUUACUGUAAUAAAAGAUGGGUUGUUCCUUGUAGAUUAAAUUUGUGAUAACGUGUGUGAGUGGAGUGCCUGCUAGCUAGCUUGAACAGUUAGUGAUAGACAAGUGUACUUAACCAAGAUUUAUUUGAGUUUUGUCUGACUGAUGGUUUAUUAUUUUGGACUCAAAAAAAUUUCAAAGAACUUUUCCUAUGCUUGGCAACCUUUAGCUAGUGGAUGUGUCUGCUCAGUGACUUUUCACUCGUUCCCUGUUGCCAACAGUAAUCAAGCAUUAAGCAUCUGUGAACAUCCUUGUUAAUUUUGACUAUGGCUUGGAAAGAAUAAAUUGCUUUAUGCUACAUGUACAACAACACACAAGUGGACAUUCAACAUACACAUACAGUGAAACCUGUAUAUAUUUAAUAAAUAUUUUUUUAUUAUUUGCCUGCUCAUACAAGUGUUGAGGAGUCAAAUACCAUUCAAAUGAAUGGUGGAAAUGUUUGGAAUACUGCCAGAGACCAGGAUAUACACUGGACUGAAGAGAUCAAAAUGAGUAAAAUGUAGGCUUCAAGUACGCAUUUCAAGUUGACUGAUUUUCUUGAAAACUAGCUGUAUUAAGGCAUUGUGUACCUGUUUGUAUUUUUAAUUUCUUUUCUCCUUGUGGCUUGUGUAUUUGACAAUAUUGAUGCAACUUGAUGUGACAUGAUUAGCUCUUAGACUGAACCAACAGAAAUGAGAAGAUCAGUCAAAAUGAUGUAUAUUUCUUUUUUAUAUCUUCUAGGAUGGUCUUGUGUAUGCAGUUGAAUUUUCUCACAGAUCGGGACGUGAUCUCAUUAAUGUAGCUAAGAAAAGAACAAACGUUAUACCAAUUAUUGAAGAUGCAAGACAUCCUCAUAAAUACAGAAUGCUGGUUGGUGAGUAAAGAAAAUGUUGAUAACUUCACAAGAUUAUUCAAGAAAGAAAAGCUUAGCCUGAGAUAAAACAGCCACCGCUGGUUUCCUCAUGAAUUCAGAAAUGACGUGUGACCAACGACUGCAGAAAUUCCAUACUGAUUGGCAUCACUACCCAGAUCUGGAUAGUGCUUCCGAUUGGUUGAAGCAAAUUUCUCUUUGGUGUAACCAAUCAGGAGCACUACCCAGAUCUGAGUAAGUGACACGUCACCAGUGUGUAAUUUCUGCAAUUGUUGCUCAGACGUCAGUUUUUCAACUAGUGGUGGCUUUGUGAAAUGUAGUUGCCCAAAGGCAAAAGUAGGUCGCCAUGAGCCACGGGGCUAGUUGAAAUGACUUGUGGGCUAGUACAUGCUAGCUACAGCUUGCCCAAAUGGCAGGCUGUAAAGCUAACUUUCUUUGCACCCUGGGUAAGCACCCAUAGUGUAUUAAGUUGUGGGAUACACACAACGAUAUCAUUUUGACUUAUCACCUGAAUUGAGAAAGACAAUGUUCACACAACACUGGACAAAUUCUCGACAGGUUGAAAAUUUGUGCAUUUAGGUGUUCUGCUCACACAGGACCGCCUUAACGGAACCAAAAUUUAGUUGCUUGGUGGUUCAAAGUUCCAGGUGAAAAAAGUGAAGAUACUAAAGGGUUCCAUAUGAGGGAAGUGUCCGGUCAAAUUUUUCAGUCAGUUGAAAAUUCAUCUGGCGCUAUGUGAUUGUAACCUUAGUCAAUUCGCUUUCAAGGACACAGCCAGCCCAUAGACCUGUAGGCCCCAGUCUAUAAAUUUUUGGUUGCAUCAUUCUACCACUUGUAACAAAUUAUAUGUCAUUGGGGUGAGCUAAAAAGCUGAAGAGUUCAAGGUGUUGGUGAGUUCAGUGCAUACUAGUCGUGCAUGCAAUUUUCAGGAUAUGUGGAAAUAAAAGUCAGCCAGGCCUAUAAAUAGCCGAAAAGCUGGCUGCACCCCUGGCUGUUAUAAAACAAUCCAAAAUGUGACUUUUUUAAUUGCUAGAAUUGAAAUGCUAGCGUGUGGGGCUGCAGUGAAUUAUCUGCAGCUUUUGAAUAUUUUUAUGGUGGUUAUUGACUUUACCAAAGUUUGCAUUUUUCUUCCAAACAAAUUGGUGCAUCAUCGAUUCACGUUAUGAAUCUUCAAGCUACGAGUUGCUGAUGGUUAACCAUUUGAAAUUAACUGGAUCUCUUAAUCUCAUUACCUUUUAGGCAUGGUGGAUACCAUUUUUGCUGAUGUGGCUCAGCCUGAUCAGGCUCGUAUUGUCGCCAUUAAUGCUCACAAUUUUCUUAAAAAUGGAGGUCAUUUUGUCAUAUCAAUAAAGGUCAGUAAAGUACUUUGUAUCUACAGUAAGAUCCCAGUUUGUAAUAAGAUCCCCCCCCCCCAAGAUAUAAGCCUCCUUUGCACAAUCAAGCCCAGGCCAACUCUCCCCUAUUAUCUGGCAGUAUCCCAGAAAUGGCAAAAAGUUAUUAUUCCAACCUCCUGCUAGGGGUUCCAAAUUUCCCAAAGAAAUUUUAUUUUUGAGCUUUUCUGUGAUUUAGUUUAGAAUAAAGCUCAUUUCCUCCCAAAUUCAGAAAAGGGUUUCGAUCAUACAUGAUAAGACUGUGUAUAUAAUGUUCUGAAAUACACCCAUGUGAUGUGGUUGAUGUAGCCUGUGUUGCAGCUGGCCCAUGCACUUGUCUUAACCAUUUGUAUAGUCGUAUACAGAAGGUUUAGAGCGUCUGCGACUCAGGCAAGGUUUAGGUUGGGGGGUUCUACAAAGGUAAUUGUUCCCAGAUUUUCGAUCUCCAGGGGUUGGCAUCUCUCCAUCAAAUCUGGGGUUGAUUGUUUGACAGUCUAUGAACACUUUACAACCUUACUAACUUGAUGUACAAUCAAGCUUGAAGUAUCUAUCUCUUUAAAUUUUGAUAUGUUUAUUUUUAGGCAAAUUGCAUCGAUUCAACAGCAGAACCUGCUGCAGUAUUUGCUGGCGAAGUAAAAAAAAUGCAAGCUGAAAAAAUGAAACCUCAGGAACAGUUAACACUGGAACCAUAUGAAAGAGACCAUGCUGUUGUUGUUGGAGUGUACAGGUAACCGUUAGAUACAUAGCUUGCGUGUAGGCGUCUCUGUCAUGUAAUUCCUUUUUAGAAAUAAGAAGCAAUAGAUAAAUACUUAAAACUUACUGUACUUGAAGCAGUCAAUACCUUAUGUCCUUGAAUGCUGGAAGCAAUGCAGUAAUUAUUAUAAGACCAAAAUAAGGUGUUAUUUACACGAAAGGAAGUCUCUUCACUGUAAUCAAGGGGGUGUUUCUAAACUGAAAUUUUAUUUUGUCUAUAUCUUUUAUCUCUUAACACUUGGAAAUACUGAGAAAACUUGAACUACGAGAGGAGAGACUGUGCUUAUACAUGUGCUGUGUAUAGUGGUGACAGCGCAGUCAAAGCUAAAGAAAUAGAUUGUAAUAGUGAGGCAACAAAGCGACUUUCCUUAUAGAAGGGAGGGACUCUAACUCUUGGGGGUUCCCAUUAAUUUUUCCUGCUUGUCUGAUGGGCGGAUACCGUUUAUUAUUCAUUAUGGAGAAGGGUUUUCUCAGUGCAUAGGCACCUAAGCAAGGAAAUUGUUAAGCUAAAACUAAGUUUGGUUAAACUUAGGUUUCUGGGAAACUGCCCACCUACCCCUCCCCUAAGAUAAUAUUAACACCUACUUCUCACUUAAGGCAAAAUGUUGGCUUAGGGGAGGGGUAGGUAGGCAGUUUCUCAGAAACCUAAAUUGAUGCCUAAGUUUUUGUCGAAGGGUUCCUGUUAUUAAUUUGUCAUUUUCUUUUUUAAUCUUUUUUCCAGACCGCCACCAAAGAAGGACAAAGAAUAGCACAUCUUUUUUUUCUUGUUUAGGAUUUUAUUAUAACUUAAUGCUGUUUUCAAUAAAAAAACUCUAUUGAUUGCUGUACCGUGAGACUCCAAAAGAUUUCUUCCUUGGUGUACAGUAAAAACCUGCAUAUAAGAAGCUGGAAUUUUUGAGGUCAGGCAGAACAGGAUCUUAUAUUUUAGGGUAGUUUUUUACAAAUCAGGCUUAUUAGGUUCUUAAUAGGUUCUUAUUUUUCAGAGAUUGUCGUAAAGUAACCGCUGGUAGAAGUAUUGUACCAUUAAUACAUAACGGUUUACAGAAAACAUAUUUCUCGUGAAAAUCCAAACAAAUUUAAAUCAAAGAAACCAUAUACACGAAAACUUUUUGUCAGAAGUUUCUCACGCAAUUAACAUCCGGAAUUUUGACCAUCAAACUUGGAGUGAUUUUGUUUUCUAUAAGAACCUAUUUUUCUUUUCCAAGCUGAACAGGUUCUUAGAUUUUGGGUAUUUAAAUGACAAAUCUCAGCCAGUAAGUUCUUUAAUCACCAUGUCCUUAUAUGUGGGUGUUUACUGUAACAUAUAUUUCCUCUCUUGUGUGCAU